CUAACGCAGCCCCCCUCCCCCCCUUUUCAUCCGCAAAUUCCCCUUUUCUCCACUCCAGCAGCCGCCUCCGCCGUGCUGCCUCCAACCGCGCCGGGAGAUGGUGCCUCGAGCCGCUUCAAGCAGGCCAAGCCAGUUGCAGCCCCUCUUCCUCCUCUCACUUGGCUUUUCUCUUCUCCUUCUUCUCUCUCAUUCUCUGUUUUCGCCAUGGACAACUACAGCACCCUGCCCACCGUCUCAGUCGGCCUCAUGCUCCUCCGCCUCGAUCUGUCAGCCUCGUCGCCGGAGCAGCCGGAUCCGCCGUCUCCUGCCUGCCUGCCGUCGGGAGAGGAGGACAACUGAGAGGAACACCCUUUUUCUCCACUCCAGCAACCGGCCUCCCCGCGCUGCCUCCUCCAACCGCGUCAUGAGAGCCGCCUCAAGCAGGCUAGGGAGUCACCAUGGAACAUUACCUGCAGCACCCCCGCUCGCCUUGGAGCUCGCCGCCUCCGGCCACCACUUCGUCGGCCUUGUGCUCCUCCGCCUCGAUCCGUCCGACCAGCCGCUGCCUCAUGCCUCGCGUGCUGUCGGGAGGAGGACCCGAGAGGAGCGCCCGUUCGGACCGCGCGGAUGGACGACGGCGCGUAGGCAGUGUAGAGCGCGGCGUCGCCCCUCACCUUCUCAUCCUCCGCCGCGCUGGAAAGGGAGCAGAUAAGAGAUAAGAUAACUGCAUGCACUGCGGGUUGAAUAUCUCAAAUGACAAGGGGUUGUAUGAAAAAACGGACCGUUACUCAGAUAUAUUCACAUAUAAAUUCACUUAAAAAGGGAUUGCGGGUUUAAUUCCUAGAAAGCAGAAGGACUUUUCUGUAAAAAUACCAAUGACGUACGACCAGAAGCAGUAUCUGCUUUAUUAGUAGGUAAAGAUAGCAAAAGAGCCCGUGCGUUGCAACGGGAUAAAAAGAGCCUCUAGGUCAUUUGUUCACCUUCAAAUCAAGGUCACCUUGUGACUGCUCAAUUGUAUAUACUCCCUCCAUUCAUCUAUAUAGGGCCUAAUGCAUUUUUGA